AUGGACCGCCCCGGUUAUAUCGAGACCCCUGGCCGUCGUUCCAGUCGCAAGAGCGCCGCCUUCGAAAUGAGCGUAGACGUGUCCGAUACGCCCGCCCCGACCGGGUCCAAGUCCACCACGCGCCGUCGCACAUCCGCCAAGGUCAAGUCUGAGGAUGAGGAUGAGACCCCGGUGAAGGCUGCGACCAAUGGCAAGGCCUCUGCUGGCAAGUCCAAGCCCAAGUCGCGCAUUGUCGACGGCUGGGAGGAAGGGUUGGACCCCAAGGUCGACUACAGCGGACACUAUGAGUUCGGUGGCUCCCUGGGUGUCCUUGCCAUGAUGAUUGGCUUCCCCAUGCUGAUGUACUACAUGUGGAUUGGCGCGACUUACUAUGAUGGCAAGUUCCCCCGUCCGGAGGGGGACCAGAGCUACGGGGAUUUCUUCGCCCAUCUGGCCAACCUGGUUUAUACUGGCGCAUUCCCUUCGUUAAAGGCGUGGACUAUCUACUGGGUCUUCUUCAUCUUCGAGGGUGCCUGCUACGUUCUUCUCCCCGGUGUCACUGUCACUGGACGGUCUCUGCCACAUUCGGGUGGCAAGCAGCUACAGUACUACUGCUCGGCCGUGUGGUCAUUCUACACUAGUAUUGCGCUGGUUUUGCUCCUCCACGCGACUGGUCUCUUCAAGCUGUACACCAUCAUUGAUGAGUUCGGUCCUCUCCUGAGCGUCGCGAUUCUGUCUGGCUUCCUGGUCUCCUUUGCGGCCUAUUUCUCGGCCCUCUACCGCGGCGCACAGCACCGUAUGACCGGCUCCCCGAUCUAUGACUUCUUCAUGGGUGCGGAGCUUAACCCGCGCAUGUUCGGUAUCCUUGACUUCAAGAUGUUUUUCGAGGUCCGUCUACCUUGGUACAUCUUGCUGUUCCUGUCGAUGGGUGCUGCCGCUCGUCAGUACGAGAACUAUGGCUUUGUGUCGGGCGAGGUUAUGUUCCUUGUCAUGGCUCACUUCCUGUAUGCCAAUGCUUGCUCCAAGGGUGAGGAGUGCAUUGUGUCUACCUGGGAUAUGUACUACGAGAAGUGGGGCUUCAUGCUCAUCUUCUGGAACCUGGCGGGUGUGCCCUUGAGCUACUGCCACUGCACUAUUUACCUGGCCAACCACGACCCCUCCGAGUACCACUGGAACCGCUUCUUCCUCGCCUUCCUGUACAUCGCCUACCUCUUCGUCUACUGGGUCUGGGACACUACCAACAGCCAGAAGAACCGCUUCCGCCAGCAGGAACGUGGCACAAUGGUCAAGCGCAACACCUUCCCCCAGCUACCGUGGCAGACCGUGGAGAACCCCAAGACCCUGACUGGUCCCGAUGGUUCCAAGAUUCUAGUCGAUGGGUGGUACGGCAAGGCUCGCAAGAUUCACUACACCUGCGAUCUGUACUUUGCUCUGAACUGGGGCCUGAUCACAGGCUUCUCCAGCCCCUUCCCCUGGUUCUACCCCAUCUUCUUCGCCUGCAUGAUCUCGCACCGUGCUCUGCGCGAUAUCCAGCGGUGUCGCAUCAAGUACGGCGAGACCUGGACCGAGUAUGAGAAGCAGGUUCCCUACCUGUUCAUUCCUUACGUCUUCUAA